AUGAUCCUCAAGCCUUUUUCAAGGCUGCUGACAGUUCUCCAGCAAGCGGCUGGUCAGCAUUUGGGACUGCUCCUGCAACUCAAGCUGCCAAGAAGGUGCUGGACAGCAAGCAGAAGCAGUCCACCAAGCUCGCUCAGCAGAAAGCUCCAGCCAAGCAGAGGGGUCACAAGGGAGUGCGUUGGACCCCCAUGUCAGUUGGAGGGGCUCAGAACGCUCAGAACUUCCAGCUGCCCCCUUUUGUGCAACAGCUCGGGUCUGGAGAAGAGGAGCGCUCAGUCCCCUUUUCAGUCCCCUUUUCAGGGGUGGCUGCUUGACGAGAUCCUGGUCAAUGCACAGUCAGGCAUCAAUGUUUUGGUUGAUCGCCAGCUGGUUCGAGCUCCGAACGUGGGGUACCACAUGAACCUGUUCUACAUGAGAACGCACGACGGUUACAAGUUCAUCCUGGUCGGAUCGAUGACAUCCUAUGGCUCGGUCCCUUGUGCAAAUUGGGAUGCAGACACGGGCUCAGUGUUGUCCCAUGCGGCUUUUCAGCCCUUCCGUUGGCCGAUGAUGACGAAUGACUCAUCGAUCUGGGUCGAUGUGAAGGUGAAGGUCGAGGGCAACCUGCUCUUGCAUCUUGAGCUCAGAGGGUACCGUACUGAUCAGGACAUGACCGUGCAGUUGAACUACCUCAACGAUGCUCUGGUGAUGUCGCUCAAGGAAGUGCUCUUCGUCCCGGCUUGUGUGGUGACAAUCUUCACUGGGUGGCGAGUAGUCGCUAGCUCGUUCGAGGUUGGGGGAAGGAUCUAUGGGAUGGACGCUGAUCGGCUGGAAUUCAGGUUCAGAUCAGCCAGUGACAAAGUGGAUGUGGCCUGCUCGCAAGUGACGGUCCCUUCGACAUGGUUGGUGCUCUCGAGGGUGUCUGGGCCUACGCUCAUCCAGAAUGCUCGAUGGUGCCGCGAACGCCAAGCUCGCGUUGAGGGGCCAGAUCAGACGAUGCAGAUGUCCCAACUGGCUGGAAUCCAUGCUCACUGGACGGCUGCAACUGAGGCCACUGGGAUCGAGGACACUGGCGCCUAUAUGGUCUUAGUUCCCAAGGAGGCCAUUGCCUUGCAGUACAAUGACAACCAUGACAUUGCAGGGGAGGUUGAGACGAUCGUGGUGCCGCCUGUGACUGGUGGCCCAUCUGUAGUUCCCAGUGCUCAAGCUGCAGGGUCGUUGAAAGCUCUUGUUGGGCCGCCGGUGGCUCCACUGCAGGCUGCCAUCCCGACAGACGUGGAGAUCUCAGUGUCAGAAGUUGGUCAUGCCCCGGAGGCCUCAGCUCGAGGGGACAAGACUGUUCACGUGCCGCGGAGAUCUUUGGAAGCCAGGCAGUAUGAGACGAUGGCGGUCGCGAGUGUCACGCCUCAAGCUUUUGUGGAUCAAGUGCAGCAGAUCCGUCAAGUGAUGGAGGGUGGCUCCACCUCGUCAGUGCCAAGAUCGUUCGGGCCGGCGCCAGUGGUCGAAGAACUUGAAGAGUAUCGGCCCCCAGUGCAGUUGUGGGAACUCAGAUCGAACUUGAGUCCUUUAGGUGUUUUGUCAGAGGGUUCGUGCUGGAGAAGCGACAUGGCUCAAGCGCCAGACCGAUGGGCAGCCAAGAUCUUGGCGUUGCCUGUCUUUUCUGAUGCGUUUGCCAAGGCGUUGUUGCAGUCGCCAUACUCCAACCUGGCUCUUGUGCUCUCCAUGGAGGUUGGGUCGGCUCAUGAGUUUGCCCUCAAGGUGGCUCAGUGGGCGUCACAGUUGCCUUCAGAGAUCAGGGCUGAGAUUCUGACUGAACCCUUUAUGUUAGAGCAGUUCUGGAACUUGGCAACUUCGGUCGAGAAGUCGUUCUUUGAGUCUACUGUACUGCAACUAGGGUUUGGGAUGUGUGAAGCUCCUAUACCGCCUAUUAGUUCUGAUGCAGCUAGAGCUCGAAGAGUGGGCGCCAUCAAAGCUUUGACUGAUAGGCCUUCUCGUCCUCCUAGGAAGCUUUUGAAGACUGAUGUUAGCUCGUCGUCCAACACUCCGCUCCUUGAUCAGGAAAAUGCAGCUCGCUGGAAGUGGGCAGCAAGAUUGGAGGAGAUUGGGAAGAAGGCGGGUGCGUUCUCAAAGCUCCUGUUGGAGACCUCCAAUGGGAGCGGGCUUUCGCACGCAGAGAUUGCGCGCCUGAGACAGCUCGUUCUUUCAUCAGGGGCACCAAGAACUAUGGCUGUUCAUGUCACUAACUGGGAGAGGUUCGCUGACUGGAUGGCUAGCAAGGAUGUUGAGCUCCAUCCCAUCAAUAGUGCCAAGCUCAUUCAGUAUGCAAUGCAUUUGAGUAAUGAAGAGUGUGGCCCUUCUGUGAUUCCCACGUUCAGGACGUCUGUCAAGUGGGUCACGGGGAAGCUCGCCAUUGAGUGCCCUGAUGUGAAUCACCCUGGCCUCUUAGCGAUCCAGCAAGAUGUGAUCAUGAAGAGGGCCAAGACGCUCAGGGAAGCAGUUCCUAUCCCCACUCAGAUCGUCCGCUGCCUUGAGCUUUUUGUGGUAGACGAUCGUGAGCCUGAUAGCGCUCGCCUUUUUGUGUGGUGGUGGUUAUGCAUGGUCUUUGCAUCCCUACGGUUUGAUGACGCCAUGCACGUGAGGCCAGACGAACUCGUGCUCAACGAGGAGGGCAUGUUCGGCGUGGCGUGGCAGACCAAGUGGCUCCGCUGUUUCUGCAAGUAUGCUCUUAACCAGUACCAUGAGGGCCUGGAUGCGGAGUUCAAACAGCUCGAGCAGAAAAUCAUGCAGAUCACUGCGCACUCGGCAAGAGUGACCCUGUUGGACGCGGCAGUUCAUGCAGGGCGCAGCGCUGAAGAGAUCGGCCUACAGGCUAAUUGGAAGAACCCUGGCCCGCUAGUUCUGAAGUACACCAGGAACAGAUCAGCCAUCCCGGCAAAGAUGGUGCAGCAGCUCGUCCAGGACAUGCUCGUGCAAGAGCACCCGGUCGAGGAGUCAGACGAGGUAGCACUGGAUGAUGAUCAAUCAUCUUUUGCCCCGGUGCAGUUCUUCGCGAAGACGACAGGUGCCAUGUCCUACGACUAUCGCUACCACUGCUUGGCGGAUGGUGAUGAUUCUGCCUUAGCUUGCGGUCGCGUGAACCUGGAGGACUGCACCAACGUGGGCUCUGUGCUCCCCGACAAGGCAUAUUCUGGUCUUCUCACAGUUGAAACUUUCGCCAUGCUCGGCGAUGACAUUGCGUCGGUGAAGGCCACGCUCAAAAAUCUCAUGCCAGAUCAUGAGAAGUUUGGCACCGACGGUCCGGCACAAGAGUUGGCUCUGACAUCGCUCGCAGCUGUAUGGAAUAUGCAGUAUACCAUGCAAGAUCACUUCGCAGCUCGACGGGCCAAGAUGGAAGAAGACCCGUCCAAAGUGCCGGAGAUCCCCGGCGAAGAUCAUGCUGAAUUCCGGGAGACGUUCGUCAAGCGCCACCCAGAUGUGCUCUUGCCUCCACACAGAGAACCACAUCGCAAGUUCGUUGAGCGAGUGCAGCGCGACUUCCUCGUUCACGGCUUCGUGCAUUUCUACGAAGUUGGGGAGAUUCGCACCCGCAACGAGCAGAUCGCUCAGAAGACUGGGAUCUCCAAGAAUGCCGAGGACCUGUUGAGGGUGGUGAUGGUGGAUCAGCCAUCAGCAGCUAGCUCUGAGACCCAGGUCAUAGACAAGCUGCACGCCUUUUUCGUCACGCUCGAGUACCUCAACAUUUGUGAGUUCUCCUUCGCGGCGGGCCCUUUGAAGUACCUAGCCGAGCUCGAGGAAGAAGGUCCAUCGUAUCGGCUCCGAUCAGCGCAAGAAGUUCACUUCCUUUUCAGCAGCCCUCCUAGAGUUUUGGACAAUCAUAAACAGCUCUGGAAUGAUGCCCGGUCCAGCGCAGAGUUGGACAAGUUCAAGCACGCGACUCAAGUGAUCGAGCCCAGCACGCCAGUAGCGCGCAAGCGAGCCCGCUCGAGCUCCCAGUCGCCCGCCAAGACCUCUCCAAAAGCCAAGAAGAACAAAGCUCGUCGUGCUCGUCAAAAAUCUCAACUGCAGAAAGCCAAGGCCGUUCUGCAGAAUCAGUCGGGCAAAGAUGCAAAGAAACCAGCUCGUGAUGAGAGAGUCCCCGCUAAGGAAUGGCAACAGAUCACGGCUUUCAAAUAUUCUGGCCGUGGCAUGAAUGAUGGUCAGUCUGCCCAGCAGUCUGACCAGACUGUUGCUGGCACUGCCACCUGCACACCCAGCUCGUGGGCACAGAUGUUUGAGCACCUGGACUCUUCGACACCCAGGCUGGAACUUUUUGCGGGCAAAGCAGGGAUCACUGAAGCAGUAGCUCUGCAGGGGGUGCCGACUUUGCCUCCCGUGGACAUCGAGCCGUCACAGCUCGUGACCUCGCCGCAGGACAUCAUUGAUUUUUCUUUUUGGACCCAGCUCAUUGCCGUGCUCGUGAGGCGCCUGGUGUUCUUUUUGCAUUGUGGUACACCAUGUAACACCUUCACUGCUGCUCGCAAACUUGACGGCGGACCUCCACCAUUGCGAUCUCGGGUGGUGUGCGUCUCCUGCCCAGGCAAUCAUGUUCACAAGAAGCUGCAAGGCAAGGUUUGGGACGCCAAGCUCGGCCGCAUGGUUUUUCGCACCAAAGCGGCACAAGUGUACCCCUGGGCCCUGUGCGCAACCAUCGCCGUUCAGAUCGCUGCGAUUUUCUUCGAUCCUUUGGCUCAUUUGGUGGCUUCGUUUGCUCUUUGCACGCCUGCGACCGACAGGAAGCGUGAGCUCCACUCUUCUCGCCCCUGGAAGGGGCAUCGCCAGGCUGAGACGGCGGAGAAGGCCCUAGCCGCCGGCUACCAGCUCAAGCGCGGCGCUGCAAAGCCCUUGCUCGAGGUCGAAAUGGAGCCUGGCGAAGCGGCUCAAUGGAUGAUGAGUAGUAUUCCCCAUCCGUUCACGGCAGCUGAACAAUUGUCCGGAUUUGGAAGCCGCUCUUUGUCGAGUUGCUCAGAGCCCGGGUGCCGUGCUUCAGUUCCGCCGGCAGGCAUUGCAGUGGUGGCACAACAAGGCGCUCGAGUUGCUGCACAGCUUGGUCAAGUUUGCCAUGUUGCUCUGUACGCUGAAAUGCUGCGGGCUUGCCGCUCCCCGGACCAAGCUCUGCCUGCUCUGCUGCUUGGUGGUUUCCCGAUCGUAGGGCAGAUUGCGCCCACCGGUCGGUGGCCUCCUUAUGAGCGGCCGCAGAAGUGCGUCCCAGUGCAGGACGCGUUGGAUAGGGCCUGGGAAAUCCGGAAGAAGAUCAUCCAGCGUGUUGAGCUCCCAGUAUCGGAGAACCUGAUCAAGAUCUGGGAGGCGACGCUGGAAGACGUUCAAGAAGGAUCUUGUUUAGGUCCUUUUUCAUCUGCUCGAGAAGUCACGGAUCUUCUUGCUUGUGAUGAUUGGAUCCCGACUCAGAGGUUUGAAGUGGUUCAGAAGAGCAAGGUGAGAGGCUGCGACAGCGCGACCACCAACAUGAUCAACCAAGUGACCGUAAUCACAGAGAAGCUGCAGCUCCCCUCUACAGACACGAACGUGUCAGCUCUGAGAAGACUGAGGACACUUGCGCCGAAUGCUCAGCUGCAAGGAUGGGUGCUUGAUGAGCGCAAAGCUUACCGCCAAGUAGCUGUCCUGCCUGAGCACCGCAAGUUCUCGGUCAUCUGUAUGAAAGACCCCAGCUCGAGGAAGCCAGCUUUCUUCGUUAUGGUCGGUCACUCAUUUGGCCUUGUCUCUGCAGUAUACAACUACAAUAGACGCUCUGCUGCCAUCAAUGAGUUUUUGGUCAAGCUCUUUGGACUUGUGGCGUUCAGCUUCUAUGACGACAAGUAUGGCUUUGAGACAGCAUCAUCUGCUCCCAGCGCUCGCCUGACAGCGGAAUCAGUUCAUUUGUGGCUGGGAGCUCGUUUUGAUCAGAAGAAGCUUCAGCUUUCCAUGGGGCCUGCCAUCCUAGGCGUGACCUACAACUUGGUGGACAUGCAGCUGGAAAUUAAGCCUGAUCGCAAGCUUGAGCUGGUCGGCGAGAUUGAUGCCAUCUUGCAGUCUGGCUUGCUCGACCCAGGCUCAGCUGGCAAGCUCAAGGGCAAGCUUAUGUUUGGUGCCUCACAAUUGUGGGGCAAAGUGGGGAGAGCUUUCCUUCGAUCAAUAUCUGAAAGGCAGUACUGGCGCCACCCGGUUCAGAACGAGUUCAAGCUGGAUGGUGCCUUGCGCGAAUCUUUAGUUCAAUGGAAGAAGCUGGUUGAAGCUGGGCCGCCGAGAUCGAUCGAUGUUGCCUUUGAACGAAAGGCGGACGUGGUGAUCUUUACGGACGGCUUCACACCAGAUCCGAGAUCUUCUGAGAGACUGCCUGAUAGGAUUGGAUCCGUCCUUUUUGAUCGUAGGUUAAGCUCACCUAGGCAAUUCACCUACCUCUACAAUCCCAGAUAA